GGCUCCCGCACAGCGAGGCAAGAGAUUGCAGUUGCUUCCCGUGUGGUGGUGAAUGUUCAGUAAAGUUUCCGGGGGUUUAGCGGUGUGUCCUGUGGGAGGGGUUUGUUCUGUUUGAACGAGGCUUCUGUUCAAAGGGGAGAGAGAGAGAGGGAGAGAGCUGUCUCGCUCUUUUUAUGCUCCGUUGUCUUAAGGUACCGGAAGCAACAUGGUUUUAAAGAAGAAGAAAGACGUCGCCGUGGGUCGUGUUGUUCUGGACGAGGAGAAGCUGAAGAGCCUGAGGGCCAUUGCAGUCGAUGAGGAGAGGAGUUUGGCAGUUUUGCUGUUGGAAUGUGCAGAGCUAACUGAUGGGGUGCAGCAGUUACAUUCACUGAAAAAGAUCGGCCCAUUGUUACAAAAGCUGGACAGAGACCCUGUGCGCUUUUCCCAAACGCACCAUUGCUUAAAAAUACUAGUUGGAAUUUACUGGGAUGUGGAAUCCAAAAGUCCCUUGAAAAGAGCAGUGGCAAGCUCCCUUAGCAAUAUUCCUGAAAGCUGGAAGGAGGAAGUGAUUGGCUGCCUUGUUAGUUGCCUGAAUGAAGAACUGUUGACGGCGGAUAAAUGCUGCGUUCGGAAGGUGGUGGAAUCCAUUGCAGCAAGUAUGGAGAAUUUUAGCCUGGGUGAAGAAUGCAUGCACCAUCUGUACUUGGAGGUUCUUCAGUUUCUUCAUAAAACAUUGGUGGAUUUUAAAUUGCAAAAUAAGAGUCUUGGUGGGCAACACAUUCUACAAAACCGUCUGAUGCAUGAUUCACUAGUGGCUCUGAAAGCUUCAAUGGUCCUUGUUCAGAAAGUUCAAGAGAAAAUACACGGAUGUUUCUGUGGAACUGCCGAGCCUCCUCUCUGGGAAGUGAUGUGCGGGCUGCUUACGUGUUUUAUUGAAAUACUGGUUGAUGGUGAUUUCUUACAGGCUGUUCAGAGUACAGCGGGCAUGGCUGCUGUUUUAUUUAUCAAGACCAUUGUGCAUCAGGAUGAGGCACUGCCAAAGCUAAUUCACCAUCUGCUUUUUAACACAUUGAGAAGAGUUCCCGAUGUGCCCGAGUGGCUGAUUGAGAGCUGUGGGGAGCUGUGUAGAACAGCACCUUCAGAUGCGUCAGUCCUUUUCCUAUGCCAGGGGACACUGGCAAUGUUGGAUUGGAGAAGUGGAAGAAUGAAACAAAGCGGUGAACAGCUACUUUUGGAGAUGUUGACUGUUCUGCUGUCACUUAACACGCGCUUGAAGGAAUCCAGCAUGGCAAUGUCCAUCUCCAGAAUCCUCACUCUAUGGACAUGUGGCGCCUUGGAAGCACUCGAUUCCCAUUCCUGCUCCCAGCACCUGAAAAACUCCCUGAGCGGAAGCUCUGAAGCUGUUCAGAAGCUGCUGGAAUACGUGUGGACACACUGGGAACAUCCUCUGGAUGGAGUGAGGCACCAGACAAAAGCCCUCUUUAAAAACGUUUUGAAGAUUCACCAGAAAGCCGCCGGCUGUUGCGGAAUGACGGAUCCCUUCUUCGUGCGUAUGACCAGGACAUUGUUGGAUCUGGAGUGGCACGUCAAAGGGAAAUAUGCUUCGCUCAGUUGCCUGGUGGAAUAUUUGGGUACCCAGCAUAUCCUGGACGUCGAUGACUCCAUUCCGAAGCAAGUCCUGGGGGUAAUGCGUGAGCAGUCUCUGGCCAACUAUGCAAGCGACCUCCUGGAAAAAAUGUUUGUCAGUCACAAGAAACAACUAUCCUCAACACAGCCGAGCGCUUGGAUUGACCAAUGGCACGAAACAUGGGUGUCUCCGUUUCUCGCUGCACUGUGCGAGGAAGAGCCCGGCCACACGACGUACAUAAUCGAUUACUAUCUGCCCAAACUGCUCAAAUGCAGUCCUGAGAGCCUGACUCACAUGAUCAAAGAGCUGCGGUCUUCAAGCCAAAGCAGAACCAUAGAUCCGUUCAGUAGUAGGGGAGCGCUUGGAGCCCUGAUGACCUGCCUGAGAGCGGCACGGGCACGAGGGCUGUGGAACGGAGAUGAGAAAUGGGACCAACUGGUGCCCGUGAACCUUGUAAAGCAGGCUCUGGUUCACAAACAUGAACAGGUGCGUGUCGAUGCCUUGGGCUUGAUCUGCGAGACUCACCGAAGUACCCAAACUCUGUCCUCGCAGGAGAUGGCUUUAAUAAAAUUCUUCCUCCCGUAUAAUCUGAACAGCCAGUCCCCUGGGACGAGGCAGCAGAUUGUGUGGCUAAUGAAGAAGUUAUUCUGUAGACUGCGGGACAGUUCUCAAGUGCUUCAUAAACAAACGCAGAACAAAGUUGGACAGAAGAGGGCUCCACGUGAAAACACCUCCACUGAUCACGAUCCAGUUGUUCAACUUCAGCAGUACAAGCAUUUUAUGUUCUGGACGUGUGACCUGCUCUUCCAGGCUCUCUUUCCUGGCACCUCGUACCCCAGCAAAUUCACUGUCCUGAGUCUGUUGGGAAUAAUUGCUGAAGUUAUUGAGUGCUCAGAAGGUCAAACAUACAGAGUACUAGAGAUGACCGAUGUUCUACAGCCAACCUACACAGAUGCUUUGCUGGCAUGUCUGACCAGCACUUUCGAAGAGUUAAAGAUGUUAGCUUAUGACCUUUUAAAGAGGUUUCCAGCUUCAGUGCUAGGAUUAAAGGACACUGAGAAAUUGCAAACUCUCUUGCAAGCAGCUCUGGAUUUGAUGAUCAGCACCAAACCUUAUGACUGUAUCACUGCUUCCUAUCUCCUGGCUUUAUUGACACGACAAGAAGGGUUACAGGCAGCACUGCAUGCUUGCAUUGGUAACCAGCAAAACACUGACUGCACAUAUGGUUCGAGCAGCAAACUUGUUGGAAAAAGAUCUACCGAUCAGGAGUUACUAGAAGCCAAUAUUUUAGCAGUCAUCAAAGUGCUGCUGAACAUCCUGUCCACUGAGAUUGAACAGGCUGAAAGAUCCCUGGUGCAGGCAGCGGCUUCCAAUCCCUUAUAUGGAAGAGUUCAUUGCAUCAUUGGAGCUCUGCAGCAGUUGUCUCUGAAGUCACUAAUAAAAGUAUCGGAAUGGCGAGAGACUGUGACAGAACUGAUAAAAGUGGCUUUUCGUUUGUCUGCAGUCGUGUCCCCAGUUGUCCAAAGCUCGUCUCCAGAAGGACUAAUUCCAAUGGAUACAGACUCUGAGUCUGCGGCAAAUCUACAUGUGAUUCUUAAUGAAAUAAAACCCCGGGACAACAAUGACUAUUUUGCACAAGCGAAGCUUCUGAAAAAUGAGCGGGAUGAAGAGUCGGGUGAAAUCCCACCUGAAGACUGCAAACCCGCUGAGCAUCUGAGCGUGACCAUGACCGAUCAGACCGGCCAAGCUUUCCAGGUCACUGCCCAAAUGGUUCUGGUGUGUUGCUGGAGAAGUAUGAAAGAAAUCUCUUUGCUCCUGGGAUUGUUGUGUCAGAACUUGCCGCUCCAGUCAUCGUCUGACUCCGAGGAUGGACUACUGACAGUUCCCCAGAUUGAAGACAUUGGAGUAUACUUUAAACGACAACUUCUACAGUCGAGACACAGAGGUGCGUUUGAGCUUGCGUAUGUUGGAUUUGUGAAGCUCACCGAAAUGCUUACCAGCUGCAAUAACAGGAGUUUGCAGAAGUUACCUCAGUGCUGGUUAGAAGAUGUUCUGCAGGAAAUCAAAUCCAGUGACCCAGCCUCGAAGCUUUGUGCCACUCGACGAAGCGCUGGGAUUCCAUUUUAUAUUCAGGCGUUAGUAUCUUCUGAACCAAAGGGCUCCAACUUGGGUCUUCUGAAAAUGACAAUGAAGGAGCUGAUGCCAUUGGCCUUGCCAUCAGAAAUGUGCCAAGAUGAUGCCAGCACCAUCCCACAGGUUCACGCUCUGAAUGUCUUGCGAGCAUUGUUCAGAGACACCAGAUUAAGUGAAAGCGUUAUUCCAUAUGUGGCAGAUGGAACACAAGCAGCUAUCCUUGGCUUUACAUCUCCUGUGUGGGCAGUGAGGAACUCCUCCACACUGCUGUUUAGCACUUUGAUCACCAGGAUAUUCGGAGUGAAAAAAGGAAAGGAUGAGCACUCCAAGAAAAACAGAAUGACGGGCAGAGAAUUCUUUGCUCGUUUUCCUACACUUUAUCCCUUCCUUCUGAAACAACUGGAGACCGUCGCAAACACAGUGGACAGCGAGGCUGGUGUGCUGAAGCUCCAUCCUAGCCUGUUCUUAUUGCUUCUUGUACUGGGCAGAUUGUUUCCAUCUCCCAUGGAUGGCACCUCUUCAGCUCUUAGCCUGGCCCCAUUUGUGCCAUUCAUCAUAAGGUGUAGUCACUCGGCUGUGCUUCGAUCCCGAGAGAUGGCUGCACGUGCCCUCGUUCCUUUCGUGACGGUGGAUCAGGUUCUUCCCACAGUCCGCUCUUUGAUGGAAGCACUACCUGGUCUCACAGAAGCUUGCGUACGUCAGAAUCAUGUUCAUGGGACGCUGCUGCAGGCGCUUCAUUUACUGCACUCCUACUUUGAAACAAAACAAAGGACCGAUUCAACCCCUGGCCAAGAGCUGCAUGACAUCAUUGGCUGCACCAGGGCUAAAGUAUGGUUGGCAACAAGGCAGAACCCUUGUUUGCUAACCAGAGCAACGUUCCUUGACAUCAUUGGAAUCCUUUGCCAUCACUUGGGGAAGUUGAAAACAGAAGACCCAGAAACCUUAUACCUCUGGCAGGACAGUUGUCACAUUGUACUGGAGUCGGAACUGGUGAAAGCUGGGCAGCAGUUUUCUCCGGUACCUGGACUGAUCCAGUGGCAAAGAAGCAUCACCAGACUAUCGCUGCUGGUGACAUCUUCUCGUCCCCAGAGGGUGACUCCGCAGGACGGCAGCUGCCAACCGGCCCGUGGGAUUCUUCAACCCGGUCAGCUCCUCUGCCAUCUCUUGCAGUCAGAAUUCCACGAAGUGCGUUUGGUGACCCUGGAGACGCUGAUGUUGUGGCUGGAGGAGUGGGAUGAGAAUGUACUGUUCCUGUUAUCAGAAGCGGAGGACACACUGAAAAAACUAGCAAUGCAAGAAACACGCUCAGAAUGUCUUGCCAAGGUGCUGAAAGCGUUGUCCUAUCUAGAUGUGGAGAGGCUGGUUCCGUGGACAGUGAAUAAUUCAGUGAUGAAUGAGAAUGAACUUCUCAAGUGGGUUUUGUCAAUAGCAAAUGCCACAAAAUGCAGCACUGACUUGCAAAGCGUGACACUCACAUUGGCCUCAAAGCUGGUUCAACACCUUGCAUUACAGAAGCAGCAGAAAUCAUUGGACUCCGAAAGUCACGACUUCAGACAGUGGGUUCAUUUAGUUGCACAGAGUUGUGGAGCGGAGCAGCAGACAGAUAUCCGAUUGACAGCUGCAAACGUGCUUAUUGAUGCUGUCCCAUUGCUGCUUGCCAGUAAACAACUUUAUUUAGGUCUGCUGGACACAUUAAGCUUGUGGAAAUGCGUGUUCACCCUUCUACAAGAUGAAGAGCAAGUGGUGAGGGACACAGCUGCAGACGUCAUACGCAUGAUCCCACCUUUUAUCAAGGCUUGUUGGGACGAUGAUGUUUUGCUCUCUGUAGUCAAUCCAUCCUUGGCUCUGGAUCUUGGCUUUGGUGUACUGUGCGAGCUUCUACAGAUCUGGAGGCAGACCUAUCCUGGAGUCUUGGCCAUCAUUAAGUGGAUGCUGGAAGAAGAUGAAUACAAUCAGAACCUGGGAGAAGAUGACUUUCUCUUUGAGAAAAGUGAAAUUAACCUUUGGGCAGAAAAAAUCACCUUCCUCAACCUCAUCUGGAAGCACCUCUCGACCCUCCUCUCCGGUGCCCAGGUCCCGGUGGGCAAUGAAUCAGAGCUCAGGAGUUUGGUGACGCUGGCGGAAGACCAAGCCCAGCGGGUUGGAUUUCUUGGGAGGAGCCUCGGCCCAGCGCCCGAAUUCUCCCAGACGGCCGACUGCACAAGGUUCAACAUUCAGAAAAUCAGGCUCUCGAAAGUGACCCAGUUAUUGAGUCUGGUUGGACUGGACGCCGCAAUUCCAGCUCACUUCUGAAGUGGAAUGAUCUCAUUAUUUUACUUGGCUCUGCGCUGAGGAAAAACAGGUCAGCUGAAGCAAAAGCAUAACAAAGAGCGGCUUGUUGUGGUUUGUGAAGAUUGUAUCCCACAGAUUUGUAUGUCUUACCACAUGAAGAUUUUUUUUUCGUAUGCCAGCGGUAAUUACGUGACAGCUAUUUCCUUCUUUUGCAGCUGAACAGUAAGUUUUAUUGGUAUCAAAGAGAACUCGUUGGGGAAUUAAUGUUAUGGUACCCAUACACCUGGAGUCCAAAAAGUGACAAAAUGAAACCGUGGGGUGGGGGCUGGGGGGUUGUGGAAGGCAGAAGAAAGUUGGGGACAGAUUGGUUUAUCUGUUUGUAAUAAUUGAUCCAAAUAAAAUAGACAUUUAUUGUU